GGCAAGCGGGUGGGGUGCUCAUAAGUCUUGGCCCUUGGCGAGUUUUUGGGGAUGUGGCAAAUUGCUGAUGAGCCGAUGGUGGAGGCAAGGCGAAAACCCCCACGCUAUUCCAUCGUACAAAAUCGAGCGGGCAGAGUUAGCUCUUUGGAGCGGGAAACCCUUUUGGCAAAUGGUGAAACUGGAGAAAACCCCACAGAGCGCACAAAAUGGACAGUGCGCAUGCCGUUUACCAAAUAUUACUGGCAACUUGCAUACAUCAUCAGUGCUUACAUGCCAGAGAUCCGUGUGAACCCUGAGGGUGUCUACAUGGUGUCAGUCCAUUUUGUGGUAAUGGCAAUGUGCUUAGUUGUCUUCCUGAUCUUGUUGGGUCCGUUUUUGGUGCCAUUUGCAAUUCUUUGCGCAAUGUGGGAUUCUGAUCGCAAAUGCCAUGACCGGCUACUGCUACUCUUGAUGCUUGGUUUGGCCCUCCUGCCACCGUAUCUUUUGUGGACGAUGACGAUGGUGGCAUUUCAAAAAGAGACCUUGCAAGAAUUCAGAAAGGCUGAAAAUUCCAUGCUCGAACUUUGUGGCCCUUAUGUUUGUCUUCUGAUCUCAUCCUUGGUAUUUCUGGCAGAUGUGUGCCAAUGUUCUAUUGAGAAGGGGAUUGCCAAGAUGGUCCUGGAUGAAAUGGAUGAACUCAAUGUCAUCCGUAAGAGUGGCGACCGGGCAGCAGACUCCGACAGCAACUUGGCAGGCCAGUUAUUGGAGAUCAUCCAUUACAUUGACACACAGAUCUAUGAAAACGUACAAUUUUGGCCGUCACGCAGCUUGACCAGUAAGUUCAUGAAGGUGAUGCAGCAAAUUUUGGUUGCAGUGAACAAUGACAAGCAGGAGAUGACGGAACUGGAGUUGGGCCAAAUAUUGAAGCAGGAGUCGAUGUCACCCCAGCAGGCCUCGCCUUUGCAGCUUCUGGUAUUGAUGGUUUGCAGCCUUGGCCCUGCAUUCUUUCCGACGAUUUGGCGUUUUCUGACGGAUUGUGAAGACGUCUUCUUCUCCAUGAAUGACGGUGUGAAACACUGCCAACGUGCAUAUUUGUUGAUGGCCUUCGCGUCAUCUGCACACCUGAUCAGCUCUUGUUGUGAUUUGAACGAAAACCUGGACCGCAUGGAGCUGUCUCAGUUGGCCACUUUGUUUCUGGCUGCACCCUUCAAGCGUCGUCAAAUGCUCACCACCACCUAUCAGUCCUGCUUUAAGAGGCUCAUUUUGCGGCCAUUUCAGAUGGAAGAGGCAAACCUAGUGGAGACAGUGGAUCUCAUCGAAGCAGAAAAACUUGACCAUGACAACCUUCUCAGAAAGACACUUGCUGAGGGCUUUCGUCACUUGAGAUAUGAAUUGUCCACUUUGCAGUCAUUUUUGCAGGUGUUGCAGAUUGAUAACAAAUCAAUUCCUGCAGAAGCCACUCCCAAAGGUGAAGCAAUCACAUCCAAACAACCUGAUUUUGGUGAAGACGAUCCUUGUGCCUAUGGGGUCACAGGUGAUGGCAAUGAUCAUGUGGAGGGAUUCAACUGUUUGCAAAUCACCUUCCCUGAAACACGGAAAUUCGCGUUGCUUCAACUCUUUGCCCGGGCAGACUGUUUGGUUUUGGAGGUGAAGUCACAAGUGGUCCUCUUUGCUUUGACGAUCAUCAUGGUCAUGUGCGCCGUUAUCCUUGCAUUCUCCGUUGGCUUAAUCCAUGGCCAACACGCAAUCACUCCAUGGUUUUGCGUGCUAUUCUUGCCGUGCAUUCUGGCUGCAAUGCUUCAGAUCAUGAACAAGCUGGUGAAACUGGAUGUUCACCUCUAUGAAGACACCCUGAAGAUUCUGCAAAGUUGGCGUGAACGCAUGGAACGCUGGAGGUAUGAAUUCACCAUUGACAAGGCCAUUGGCGACAAGCGGAUGCAACUGGACAGUUUUUUCACCAGCCUCAUCGAUCCAGUGGCUGGCUUGAUCGACUACACCAAAAACUGGCAGAAUCGGGUGCAGCUUCUAGGUCACAAUGCAUCCAGUUCGCGACGGAAUCGAAUGUUGUUGUCCUUCGUCAUGUAUUUGGUCAUUGUCUUGUGGCAUUUUCUGACGCAGAAAGCGUGGUUCAUCGAGCUACAACAAGACCUCAGAGAAAUUGCAUUCUCCCAAGGCAUCAGCUUCUAAGAAGUUGGACCCGUUUUGACAUUUGCACAUUUUUGCACCAAAUUCAGAUGUUCCUUUUUUGAAGGAACUUUUGGAUAUGUCGCGUGCCCUUGAUUUGAAA